AAAACAUCUCAAGGGUUCUCUAGCUUAUUAGAUAAAUUUUAGAAGUAUAGCUCUAAUGGCUCAAGCCAAGGCUCUACUCUUCUUUUACUCUUUCAUUGCCCUUGCUGCAAGCAUUGCAGUGGCAACCAAUAAUCAGAAUAACACUGGAUGCUUCCCAGGGGAUGCAACUGUGCAGAUGUACACUGGGGAAUUUAAGUUCAUGAGGGAGCUCAGUGUUGGAGACAAGGUUGCAGUGGGCAAGAAUCUUUUCUCUGAUGUGUACGCAUUCGGCCACAAGGAUGCCGAUGCCAUUUCGGAGUUUGUGCAAGUGCACAGUGGCGCAAACAUGUUGGAACUCACUGCAGGCCACUUUGUUCCUGUUGAUGUCAAUGGAAAGCUCGUGUACAAGAGAGCUGAGGAUCUCAAGGUUGGAGAUUCUCUGUGGGAAUCAUCUCAAAUCACGGAAAUCUCAAAGGUUGAGAAGCUGGGUCUCUACAACCCACUCACUCUCUCCGGCAACAUCAUGGUUAACAACGUUCUAGCUUCAGCUCACAGCGAGUGGUUCCUGGACUCCAUCUUUGAUGCCGUCGGCGCAACCGAGUACCUCCCAUACGCAUACCAGGCCUUGCUUGCUCCAGUUCGUGCCAUCUACAACAUCGUCGGCAAGGAGAUCUAUGCAAAGGGCUAUGGCGCCAUCGAUUCCAUCGCCAACGUUGCUGAGUUUGGAACCAAGUAUGGAGGAAGCAUUGCUCUCACGGUUGGAAUCGCCGGCGCCGGACUUGUGCUGGCCUCCAAGGCCUAAACAUCCCAAAGGCAAAUAACAAAGAAUAAGAAAGAUCAUGUCAACUUAAAGCCGUAAAGAACUGGCUAAAUGAUCCACUAGAAUUUAAUUUGAAUUAAAGCAAAAACAUGAAACCACA